GGAGGGGAAAAAAGUAGCUAAACCUUCCUUAGCAUGACUGUGUUGUCUCCACGUAGUAAUAGUUGCUAUGUUAGCUCUCCCUCCUCGGUGUUUUAGCAGCUGUUGUCAUAGCACCGGGGCCUUCCGAACAAGUGUAAAUAGCUCAAUAUUGUAGCCUCUUCGCCUUACUUUUGUUAGCCGUGAUCGGGCUAUAGCUAGCUGCGUGGGUCAGUGUGUAUCAGUGUGUGUGAGUGUGUGUGUGUUUGUUGUGUCUUCUGCUAAGAAAUUAAUUAUAGUCUUCUUGUGUUGUUAGUUAGCGACAGUCUCACAGCAUGUCGCCCGUACUUUGACUUUUAUGCUAAUUUCACUUCGCCGGACAGAGCUUACAAACAGCCGUUGUCGCGUUUGGACAAUUUUUCGGCUGCUUUAAAUGAAGUCAGUGGGGUAUAUUAGUCUAAUUCACGGCAAACUUGUCAAUCACAUGUUCGACUCCUGGGUCUCUAAGUGUUGAAUACGGCGCUGUCAAGCCAUAGUAAAACGGGAAUUGAUAUAGUGCAAUCAGUGGUUGCAGUCUUGUGCCGCGACCAGCCUCACACAACUUUCUAACGCUGUAAUUAAAGAUGCUAGCCGAAACUCCAGCGGUGAAGUUAAUUAAACUUUAAGUCGGAUAUCUUAAUGUGUCCGACUUUGAAAGCAGGGCUGUUUUUUUUAAUUUACCUAAGCUUAUUAAAAAUUGUACUUGUUGGAGUCCAAAUCUUCCAACACACACAUAUAUAUAUAUAUAUAUUUUACUUACUUUAACUUAACUGCCGGUCCGUUGGAAAACAUUAAGUAGAAGUUCACUUAUAUAAUGAGGGAAAUGUUUGUAAUUAACUUAUACAUUCACACUCACGUGUUGCUCAUCGCUACGCAUCAUAAAACAAAAAAUACAUUUUAAAUUCUCUUUCAAUAAAGAUAAAAGCCUCAUAAGUUUACACUGACAUUUUCGUUCAUAUUUUUUUAAAUCUUAUAAUAUAAGUACUCAACAGUAUAUCAGUGCCAUGGUAUUUGUACGAUGUAUUGUGCUUUGAAAGGUUAUUAAAGUUAUUUUUUUGUGAAACGAAACGCAUUUGAAAAUGAAAGUGUUUUUCUCCUAUACUCGCAUUUAUAUUAAAUAGCUUUGACAUGAAGACGCUCUCAAACGUGCACAUUUUCACUAAAGUGAAAGUGAAAUAAGGCUGUUGUAAUAAGUUUUUCCCUGGCUUGUUAAAGGCUUGUAAACCUUUUGUUGAGGAUUUGCACUCAUUAGGUUCUUUCUUUAUGACUUGUUCCCAUUGUUCCCUCAUUUCAUUUUUUUGUUCCGACCAGUUGUCCGAAGGGUCUAGGCAGAGGAGGGGGUGGUGGUGGUUAGAUAGAUAGAUGGAUGGAUGAAUGAAUGAGCGAAUGAAUGAAUGAAUUCAAGACAAGGCAGCAGCGCUGAACCGUAAAGAAGUGGAAAACAAUAUCAUCUGCGUGCGUCUGUCAGUUGCAAAUGUGCUGUGUUGGCCUUUGUUUAUGGUUUCAGAAGGCAGACUGAGAUGUAGAGAGAAAGGCAGGAGAGUGUCCACAGAAAGAGAGAGCGAGCGAGGAAGAGAAAGAGCAAGAAAGAAAGAAAGGAAGAGAGAGAGAGAGAGACAUACACAGCCAUUCCCAGCCCGAGAGCCCAGCUAUUCUGCUACAGUGGAGUUAAUCAAGUUGAUGCAUACUGCUGCAGGUUAUGAGGACGGCAGGAUGGAGUUCCCAGACCACAGCAGACAUUUACUCCAGUGUCUGAGCGAGCAGCGGCACCAGGGCUUCCUGUGUGACUCCACUGUGCUGGUGGGCGAUGCUCAGUUCCGGGCCCACCGUGCUGUGUUGGCCUCCUGCAGCAUGUACUUUCACCUCUUCUACAAGGACCAGCUGGACAAGAGAGAUGUGGUGCACCUCAACAGCGACAUUGUCACAGCUCCGGCCUUUUCCCUGCUCCUGGAGUUCAUGUAUGAGGGCAAGCUGCAGUUCCAGGACCUUCCCGUGGAAGAUGUGCUGGCAGCGGCCAGCUACUUGCACAUGUAUGACAUUGUCAAGGUGUGUAAGAAACGUUUGAAGCAGAAAGCUACGGCGGAGGCAGACAGCACGCGCAGAGAGGAAGAUGGCGGGUCCAGCUGCUCCGACAAGGCUGAUAGUCUAUCAGAUGGUUCUACAGGCCGGCCUGCUACGGCCGACCUGCUACACAGUGACGAGGAGGAGGAGGCGAAGGCCGAGGGAGGACCGCUGUGGCUGAGGCUGCCCUCUGCGGACAGACCGGGGACACCGGCCAUGGCUACAACUAGUCCAGGCCAUGGCGAGGCAGAGAUGCAGGGUGGGGAAGGUCUGACCGAGGGUGGGAAGCUGCUCUCCCCGGCCGGCAGCCCCACCAGCUCCACUGGUUCCCUCUCACAGAGGUCCCACUGCUCCGUGAGCUCUCGUGGAGGGCGCAGGGGCAGGAGGGUGUCAAAUGAUGCGGCCGACUGCGUCUUGGAUCUGUCAGUCAAGCCAAUUGCCAGUAGCAACCACAGUAACCACCACCAGUCCUAUUUCAGCGGCGCAGCUACACCAGACAGCCUCCAAAGCCCAUUGGCAGUGAGGGUAAAGGUGGAGAGGGGUGUGGCUUCAGAUGAGGAAGAGGAACUGGGAGGUGGGGACUAUGACAUGGAGCACAGCGGCAUCACCAAGGCGACUGUUCCCAGCACCAACGGGGGCCUGACCCACCACGGGGUCGGAGGGCCUCUGUCGGCCCAGCGGAGGCUCGGCCUGGAAGCGCACCUGUCCGCUCUCCGAGAGGCCUCUCUGGCCUCAGAGCUGGAGCGGGACGAGAAGCCUUCUGCCACAGCGGACGACGAGGACAUUCUGGGGGGUGAAAAUGAGCGCGCUCAGGCCGAGGCUGCCAGCAUGGAUACUUCCCUGCUACCCUACGUCUCCAACAUGCUGUCAGCGCCACACACCCAGAUCUUCAUGUGCCCGCUGUGUAACAAGGUUUUCCCCUCCCCACACAUCCUCCAGCUUCACCUCAGCUCCCACUUCAGAGAGCAGGAGGGCAUCCGCUCCAAGCCCGCCGGAGACGUCAAUGUGCCCACCUGCACCAUCUGCAGCAAGACCUUCUCCUGCAUGUACACGCUGAAGCGCCACGAGCGGACACACUCCGGUGAGAAACCCUACACCUGCACCACCUGCGGCAAGAGCUUCCAAUACUCUCACAACCUCAGCCGCCACGCAGUGGUGCACACGCGUGAGAAGCCGCACGCUUGCAAGUGGUGCGAACGGCGCUUCACGCAGUCUGGGGACCUCUAUCGACACAUUCGCAAGUUCCAUUGCGAACUGGUCAACUCGCUGUCAGUGAAGAGCGAACCGCUGGCACUGCCCAAUGUCAGGGAUUGGGCGAUUGAGGACAGCUCCCAAGAACUGUGGAAGUAGAAACAGACUGCUGGGUUUGAUAAAGGGAAAGAGAGCAGAGAGAGUGAAAGAAGGUCAGAGAGGCCUGGGGAGGUGAAAGGGAGGUGGCAAAGUUUGAUAUUUGGGGUUCAAGUAAGUUAUGUUCUUGUGUGUCGCAAAAUCUCAUUCAAUUGCACUUUAAUAGCACAUGAAAUUGUUACUACUGAGUUUUUUUUUUUUGUUGUUGUUGUUGUCAUUGCUAUUUGGCGUUAUUUUGUUUUAUUUUAUUUUAUUCUGAACUCUUUAUUUUUAUUUGGCUUAAGUUCUGUUAGGUGGUUUUGUCAUUGCGUCUGAGGACAUGGGUCCCAGCGAGAACGUCUCGCCUUUUCGAAGAGUUUCCACUCUGUUUCAUCUCAGACACAACACUCCGACUCUGGUCAGCGUAUCGGUCCCAGUUCCACAGACAGCAAACGCCACUGCAGGAGUUCAGGUCGAACACACUGAAGUGAAAUAAAAAGCAUUACAAUACACUAAACGGGUACUGUGAUCACCACAAGUCGAUACCACCACACACGGCACGCGCAGUUUUGAAGGAGUGAGCGUGUUUGUGUGUGAGUGUGAUACUGCACUACUCUGGCAAAAAUUUCACCUGACGUGCGUGAGUGUGUGUGAGUGUGUUUUGUGUGUAAUAUUCUUAUUUUCCACUGGCAUGGAGGUGUCGUUGUUGAAGCGCUCCCUGCUUCUCUUGUUAAGCUCUUUUGGUGUUGUGUGUUCAGGGUAAAGCUGACUGACUGACAGACAAACUGAUGGCACUCAUGCAAUGCACAGCCUCCUUUUUUUUCCACUUCCAAUCAAUCUGAAGUAUUUUCUAAAAAUGAAAAGACCUUUACAAAUUAUUAUUAUUAUUAUAAUUAUUAUUAUUAUUGUUAUUGAUAGAAUUUUUUUCUUAAAUGUAGCUGGCAGUCUUUAAAACAUCUCUUGUUGAAAAGGUAUUUAAUUUAAGGUUGUUGUAUAUUGUUCUGCUAUAGUUUUAGAACUUUAAUCCGUUACUUUUUUUUUAAAUUAAUGAUUAUUAUUAUUAUUAUUAUUAUUAUUUUGUUACUUUUUUUUGUAAUGGGACCUGCUGUUGUUGCAUGACGUCCAAACCUGUAUAUUUUAAAAUAAAAAUGUGAAUUUGCUGUAUUACUGUACACAAUGUAAUUGAUCAAAUAUUUGACAACGGGCUUUCCUUUUCUUUUCUUUGUGAAUACUACUCCAGGGUGCGGUCUGUUGAAAAACUGAAUAUUAUUCUCACGACUGUGGAAAAAAAUGCAUGAAAAUUUGAUUUUGUCUUAAACCUUUCAGUUGUGGUUUUUUGCAUUGGGGGUGGGGAUGUUUGAACAUAACACUUUUGACAGUGAGAAGUUGGAUUUGUUUUCUGCUCGUCGUAGGGUCUGUCGCUGGGCUCGUAGAAGAACGUCACUGAAUGUGUUUCCGUCGGAUGUUGAAGCGAUAUGAUGAAGCAUUUUAAGCCUGUGUCUAUAUGCACUGAUCUCUCUGCUGCGAGUGUGUGUUUGUGCGUGUGUGUGUGUGUGCACGCGUGUGUGUGUUUAUGAGCGUGUGGCUUGGUUAUUACCAGUCAAUUUAACCUACUGAAGAUCUACGUCCACCCAGCACUUCCUGCUCCUCCUCAGGCAUUAAAUCUCUCCACUGCUGUAUGUUUGUUUUCCAUCUCUUGUGUCUCCGUCCUCUCCAGCUCUGGACAUGGUCAAGCCAUUUUAUUUUGAAAUUAUCUCUGCUCAUUGAAGAUUUAUUUUACAUCUGUCGAGUGCAGUUAUGUGACUUUGACUUGGCUAAAGAAUAGCUGGAAUAGGGGGGAAUAAAAAGAAGAAGGAGGGAUGCUGGAUCCGAGCUGUCCUGCUGAAAGUUGAAGGGUCAGAUGUCUUCGUCGUACUGUUGCGUCACAUUGAGCUGAGCUGUUCUGAGCCGAGCAGGGCCGUGCUGAUCCAGUACAAUGAUGCACCCGACUCGGCGUGGUGCACUUCACGUCGGUGGCGUGAAUGUGAUGAGAUGUUCUUGUGUGUGUGUGUGUGUGUUUCCCUCUUAAAACACAGUCCUCACUCUGAGUUCAGUGGGAGAGAAUCGGCAUGCCUGAAUGCACCUUUUUAAGCUAAAAGACGUGAAAUCAGAUUUUUUGCUGAAAAGAUGCCUUUAUUUAAAAAAAAAAACAAACAAAAAAAAACAUUUUUGACGCUAUGGAAGUAUUU